UUUUGACCAGGCCGCCGACUUGAUCGAGAAGUAUGACGCAGGGAGGGAAUGUUUUAACGUAAAGUCUUGACUUUCAUCGUCAAAAAAUUUGCUGUAGAUUCCAGCAUUGAGAAACACAUGCUGUCAAGUAAGGGAAGUUGAAACAGCCCGCUUGAUUGCGUUUAAACGUGGUGUGUAUGAGAUUUGGAAAAUCAUGACGUGUCAAACGAACAGACGAAAUGAUGCUGUAGUGUUACAAGUGGACGCAUGAGAUCGGUCGGCUUGCAAUGGGCAAAAAUUUGCAACGCUUGGUGGAAGUCAUUAACAGAUAACAACGGUCGUCGCUGACAGAAAAAAUCGUCCCCAAAAGGUGUUGUCAACCAAUUAUCGUAAUACUGACUGCGAGUAUUGUGUCUUCAUUAGUGUUCAUUGGCUUGAAACAGAAAAAAGGGCCUUCAACACAUAAAAAAUAUGCUGACGCAGCUGCUGGUUUUGAGAUCUUUUCUUUACACUCGGAGUUAUGAUUUGGAAAAAGCAGAAUCUGGAUUCAGAGCUUUCCAAUUUCCAGUUGUGUGAAUAAGGCAGAUAUUAAUUAAUGUAAAUGCAUCAUUGUCAAGGAAUAUGUGGUACAAACUGUUCCUGUUGCUGCUGUAUUUGAUCGUGUUGUUUCUUCUGGCAAGGAUCUUGGAGUUGUUCAGCUGGUAUGAGAAUGGACUUCUCACAGAGAAACUGUUUGACCCCAUGACCCUUUCUGUGGGCAAACUCAAGGCACUGCUUGACUCACGGGGUGUCAGCUAUGAGGCAGUGGUGGAGAGGAAAGAGUUAGAAGAACUGGUGGAUGCCACAGGUACUGUGACAGAAGAUGAUUUGGAGGCCAUAGACAUGGAAGAAAAUGUGUCUGUCACCAACUUCACGAAUGGCAAUCACUUCUAUGAGGAGGUGGAGGAUAAGAAAGACAGUGUUUGGCUGGUUCAAGUUCAACUCAACUCCUUCAUGCCUUCGGCACUAAGCAGCGCUCACUGGAAAACAGUGCGAAAAAAAAUGUCCAUUUUUGGAAUUCGAGCUGGACUGUUUGAUUGUUCCCAUGAUUGGAGCUUUUGUGACAGGAAGGGGUGGACAAGUCCACGACUGGUACUGGCACACCCGGCAGACUUUCAGAACAAAGCCAAUGUGAUACUGAAUACCUACUCUGGACCUUCCAAGCCCUACCAUGUUCAUAACUGGGUGAAAAAGAAACUCAAUGAACAGAUACAGCGGGUGAAGAAUUACACAGAAGUAUCUGACAAAUGGCUCAAUGAUGAAUACCCAGGCUCAGGGAUUCGCCUAAUGGUUUUAACGCAGCUUUCAACACUACCUAUGUUUUUCACAGCCCUUAGUGUCAAGUUCCCUGGGCGGGUUAGAUUUGGGACUGUAGACACCAAUAGUAAAGAAGGCAAAAAUAUCCUGAAAAAGCUGAAGUUCAGAAAGACUCCAAUUCAUCUUGUCAUCACCGCAGAAAAAACGCACAUUUAUGGGUCUCGUCCUGGCGAAGCUUUGACUUUCCGACACAUGGAACGUUUUCUGAAAUCGCUCUAUCCAGAGGUGAAUGAUUUGUUUCUUUUAAGUUUGUUCCUUUGUAACCUGCUAAGUUGCCUGGAACUUGUGCUGUCUCAUGGAGGCUUUGUACGGCGGAUUUUAAACGUUCUGUGGUGCUUUCUUAAGUAUAAUAUGAUAGUAAUAAUCUUAUGGCUGCCUCUUCUGGGACUGUUUCAACUGCCCUUUAUGGCACCUGUGGUUCACCUGGGUUUGAAAUCAAUCCGGGUCGUUAACAACACCUACAUAGCUAGCCUGAUCAGAAAGGACUACUUUCUUUACAGCAUGAAGUGGACUCUCCUCAUGGCUACGUCUAUAGCUUAUUCUUUUAUUGUUGGGUUUGUCGAGUAUAAGAAAUCUAGUGGCUCUGAAGAAGAAGGUAACGAAGAUCACAGUGAGUGGGACUUUUCUAACUUUCGCACGCUUAGCCACCUGUUCACACCACUGUCCCGACGGCCCCUCGGCUUUGGGAUGUACAUGUAUGUAGGAAUGGAGGAGACGGGGGGAAUAAUCCCGGCCACAGCCCUCUGGCCGUCUAACGUCAGCACCUCAUACAUAAGCCAGCUACCAACAUGGGUUUAUCGUAGUGUCAAAGGAGAAAGGGCUCAUAUGGGCAGCAGUAAUCAGACCACAUCGGUGGGAGAAGAGACAGGGUCUACGAGCGAGACCAGCCCUGAGGUGUCACCACGGGAGGAAGGCAGGAUUGAAGGCGAGACCAUCAUGGCAAGCCACGCCCACAAGCAGCCAAUACAACCCAGCAAGUUCAGCUGCCACCAGUGUGCCAUUUGCCUGGACAUGUAUGAGAUGGGGGUGCUCUUGUGUGGUUUACCCUGUGGACAUGUGUUCCAUAAACCCUGUAUAAUGACCUGGCUAUCCAGUGAUAACCACAUCUGUCCUCUAUGUCGUUGGCCCGCGUACAAGCCAAAGAUGUGCCAGAUGCACUUACAUAGAGAAUGAAGUCAAAACCAUCUGUUUGAUUGUACCUGUGGUUAUAUCUGUAUACAGUUUGCUGCUUAAAGAUCAAGUCAAAAUAUAAUUAUUGAAAUUCAGGAUUUUAAGUUAAACUCCCUUUGUGGUUCAGAGCUGUGUUUUUUUGUGAAUUGGCAUUUUUCCAAAAAAAAAACUACACCUGUGUGUUAGUAUAAGUAUGCACGAUAGGGUAGGGUGUCUUUCUUUGUUUGGAGUCACAGGUAUGCUGUGUAUGGUGCCUAUCUCCUUGAACUAGUCAGUGGUGUCAUUUGAACAGUUACGAAGUUGAUUAGAAAUUUUGAAGAUCAAAUAACCUGUCAAGUUUUCUCUAGGUUAUAUAAUUGCUAAGUUGGGUAGAAAUUAUGAAGAUCAAAUAAUCUGUCAAGUUUUCUCUAGGUUAUAUAAUUGCUAAGUUGGGUAGAAAUUAUGAAGAUCAAAUAACCUGUCAAGUUUUCUCUAGGUUAUAUAAUUGCUAAGUUGGGUAGAAAUUAUGAAGAUCCAAUAACCUGUCAAGUUUUCUCUAGGUUAUAUAAUUGCUAAGUUGGGUAGAAAUUAUGAAGAUCCAAUAACCUGUCAAGUUUUCUCUAGGUUAUAUAAUUGCUAAGUUGGGUAGAAAUUAUGAAGAUCAAAUAACCUGUCAAGUUUUUUUUCCAGGUUUUAUUAUUAUGUAUAUGUUAUUAUUGACAUUCAUGUCUUUCCUGCACAACAUUUCCAAGUUGACGUGUCAGGCUGAAGGAAGAUAACACUGCCUCCAAAGGCUAUAUUAAUAUAAGUGGAGUUAUCUCCUUUUGCAAAUGCCAGAUACCGUAUUUGAAAAGUGCAAGAAAUUGAAAUAUCAGGAAUUUGAAAAGUCUUGUUAACCAUCAUUGUAAGUUUCACAUUUAUAAAUUAGGGUGCCAAAUAUGAAAAUUCUUGUGGACAACCUCAAACUUGGGAUCAAUCAAUUAAUAAAUAAAAGACUUUAAAAUCUUUUAAGUCAGUGAUGCUUUCUGAGAUUAGAACAGAAAGUUCAAAGUAAUUGAGUGUUCAUGAUGAUAAGACCAACUAUCAGUGUAAACUUAUAUUAUAUGUAUAGGAAGUAUAUAGCUGAUGCUCUGCAGUGUGUAGCUAUUACAUUAAUUUAUUCAGGACAGAGCAAAACUUACAUCUAGUAUUUUGUACAUUAAUGCCAAAUUAGACACAGAGAUUGCAAAGUCACAGAAAUGGAGUGGUAGUCUUUGACACUUUACAAAUCCUAAUCCUAAACUUUCUAAGCUUGUAAGGGUAGAUCUAGUCAGGUGUUUGUGAAGGAAUAACUUGUUUUAAUAUUGCCACUUAUUUGGCUUGUUAUUUGUUCAUGUGACGUCUUUAUUAAUGAGUGUCAUAUUUGUUUGCAACGUAAUGUGGGAUAGGGUUUACGUAUAUAAUGUUUUAACCAGUAGCUGAUCUUGGUGUUCCUUUGACUUAUCACAGAGCCGAGAACAUGAUCAAAUAAUUGAAUACAAAUACAGUAAAUUAUAAAUUAAUCAACUAAGGGACUCUAUUUAUGUUUUACAAGUAGAUGGUUGAAUAUACGUGAAUGGCUGCUAUAUCAAUUGAAAGAUAAUAUAAAUUAUAGAUAGAUUGUGUUCGCAAUGUCAUUAUGCUAAUAGACCUGCAAAACAGUAGCUACAAUAUGUUUAGUAAAAUACCUCUGCUUGUACGACUGUACUCCAGACCUAGAGUGCCCCUAGACCUUUGCUUCAUACUGAAACUGGCGUCCACCCAGCUUUAAAUUACUUGAUGGAAAUGCUUUGUACUCUUGUAGGACCCAUUAGAAAUCUGUUCGUUGUUAACCUGAACAACCCUCCAAAAUGGGCCCUACUCUAAAGUUUUAU